UCCAAGUUACCGCGGUCUUCCCCCAUUUUGUAGCGCGCUCUACUUUCCCGCCCUUCAACUCUUCUGCGAGUUUCGGUUAUCUUUCUUGCGGCUUCUCAAUAUCGGCUUCACGAAUCGCAGUUUCGCUCCGGAAAUGGCGAUCCGCUUGGUUCUGGUCGGUCCGCGGUUUCUCUUUUUCUUCUUCCUGUUCGCUAUCGCAUUUUCUGGCGCGUUUGCAAGUAAUGGGAAUAUGGUAACGGAGAAAACUUUGGCUAUGAUAAAACCAGAUGGAUUGCGUGGUAACUACACCAAUAGAAUUAAAAAGGCCAUUGUGGAGUCAGGUUUUAGAAUUUUGAAGGAAAUUAUUGUUGAAUUGGAUGAAGAUAGAGCAAGUCGCUUUUAUGCUGAACAUUCGUCGAGAAACUUCUUUUCUGGUCUCGUCAAAUACAUGACAAGUGGCCCAGUAUGCAUUAUGGUUUUGGAGAAACAAAAUGCAAUCGCAGAUUGGCGUGCUAUGAUUGGGCCAACAGAUGCUACGAAAGCUAAGGCUACACAUCCCAAUAGCAUUAGGGCAAUGUGUGGCUUGGAUUCAGAGAAAAAUUGUGUUCAUGGUUCAGAUUCCCUUCAAUCUGCUCAAAGAGAGAUCUCAUUUUUCUUUGAAGAGGAGACUGGUGAAAUGGUUGGAAAACAUGAUGAAUUAUAAUCAUUAAGCAGUCAGUGCAUAAGCAUGACUAGGUCCUUGUACAAGCCUCUUUAGUUUGAUUAGUCUCAAAUUCCAAAAGUGGAUUGCUGCCACCCCCUCCCAAUUUUCUUCUGGACGUUGGCAAGCCCAUACUUUGUAAUCGCACAUGCUCAUUCUGUACAUUUGUGUGCCAUUUGUGGACGUUUUAUUUUCGCUCAGUGCCUGUAUUAGAACCUGUCCUCCGAUGAGCUGUUAGUUUUAUUAUCUUUCACUUUUAAAAAUGUUGUUUUUCUUUCGACUACUAAAUCCUCUACUACUAGGCGGAUAGAACAAUUGGUUUGGUAAUGAAGCCUCCCGUGGCUGCUUUAGUUUAUUAUGUUUUAGGGACUGGGUCUCUUUAUUUGUUUUAUUGUUUUAGUUAAUUAGAACAUGUUGGAUUGAGGGAAAAUUUCCAGUACUCCCGUAGCAUGGAAGAAAUUAACAAAAAGGAAAGAGACAAUCUCUUGAAGAAAGAAACUUUUAUUUUGGAAAUUACAAAAAUAGACACUUUUGAGAGAAGGCUCUCUCACACUCACUUGCCUGCCUUACUUUUAUAGCUUUCCUGAUAUGUGGCCAAGGGAUUCUUGUGAAAAAACAAAUAGAUUUUUCUUGACCCCUCUUGAAUUAAGUAUCCUAAAUACAAUAUAUCUUUAUUCAAAGGAAUUCUCUAAAAUCUUUUGGAGCCUAAGGAAAAAUUUUAGAUAUUUCUGAAGUAUCUUUUAUAUAUGUAUUGAUAGUCUUCAAGAACAACCUAGUACCUAGAAAGACUUGUACAUUUGAGAGAGAUAUAUGGAGACUUUAAGACGGUUCUGGAUAGUUAGUGUUGUAUUUUAUUUUACCACGUAGAAUCUAUCCUAAGGUGGAUGUGAGAGAGAGAUGGGUUGCAGUAAGAUGUGAGUAAGGAUUAUUAGUGAUCUGAUGCUUGUAAAGGUAACCAAAAGAAAUUAAGAUUAUUUCAGAUGAGAAGAUGAUGUAUUGUAGAUUUUAAUGAACUGUCUUAGGGGUGAAAUUAAGCCAUACGAAUCAAGAGCAGUCAAGGACCAAAGACCAUGACCGACCAGCCCACAUUGCUCCACUGCACUGCAGCUGGGAAGCGAGUCGAAAGAAAACUCGUCUUCGACACCUUGUCUUCAUUUCCGAAAAAAGCCAUAUGCCCUGUGCUCCUCCUGAUUGCCCGUGCCACUAUGCAUUCUCCAAGAAGGUAGCGAAGAAAUAGCUUGUGGUUCGGGGUCGGGUUGGAUCGGGUCUUCUAGUUAAUGGAUCAGAUUUUCAAGUGCCAGGCUUGUUCAUGAUAAAAUAAAAUAAUAAUUCAACCACAUCUAAUUUUAUGAAUAU